UGUCAAAAUUUUUUGAAGUUAUUCAUUCCAGUUGGAUAAUAUUGUUCUCUGUGCUAGGUUUAUAAUCAACUUUUUACAUGAUUAUAUAAAUUUUAAAGUGGGUGUCAAUCAUCGAUAACCAGUGUUUAGUGUUAUUUGUGUUUUGCAGCCGCUUGAAUUCUAUUCAUUGGCUUUUAAUCAGUUCUGUGUCAUAAUGUGCCAAUUGAUCAUUAUUUUGGUGCGGUGAUUAUUGUUAAAUCUUGACAUUUAAUUAUGACCUUUGUUUUGAUUUUCCGCAUAUAAAAUUUAAAUAUCUGUUAUAAGAAAAAGCAGACCCCAUCUGGUUUUACAGUUGUACCUGUUUAGAAGUUUAUUGUUAAUAUGCAACGCUGGUUUUUCUUAGAAGACUCCAAUAAUGCCGUGGUGAGGGGGGCCAAAGGAGACGGCAGUCUGGAGAGCCACUCUAUAAAAUCUUUUGAAUAUGCUCACAGAAACUGGCUAUUUCGAGUGAGCGUUCCAGACCUGAAAAAAGAUGAAACAGUUUGUGUUAUUGGUGACUUAAAGGAGUUGGGUUGUUGGAGUCCAGAAAGAUGCAUUCCUUUGGAACAAGAAGAAGGAUCAGAUGUUUGGUCUGGAUAUGUGGAAAUACCUGAUAGGAGAAAAAUAGAUUACAGAUAUUGUGUUUGUGUUAUUAUUGAAAGUGGAAUUCAAGUGAUUGUUAGAAAUUGGGAGACCAAUCUCAAACCUAGAUUGAUUGAUUAUGCUGAUGUGUCGCCUACUGUGGAGAACGAGCCUCAGUUGUAUGGAAAUUAUGACCAAAAUAUGCAUGUCGAUAGGGGUUGGUUAAGCAAAGAGUCAGUGAUUCAGUUGAAACUUUACAAUACGCCUCUUACUUUGUGGAGGCCAAAGUAUACUCACAGAACUGUCUAUAUAAAAGUAACUCCUGUGAACUUGCGUGGUCAUCCUUCAAAUGGGCAAUUAUCAAUGUCGGAAGCAUUAGAAGAAUCGUUAAGUGAUACUCAGGAGAAUUUAGAAUGUGCAAAGUUUGCCUUUACAGAAGUGGCAAAUUUGGAAGACGACGAUCCAACAUUUAAAAUUCAACCUCAAUUUGGUACUGAAGUCCCCACAAGUGGUAUGCUAGUUUUUGAAAGUACUAUCUUAUUUCCACAAAAUACAGCGUAUCUUUUUGAUUUCUACAUUUAUUCUUCAAGAGCUGAGGAAAAUGAACCACCUUAUCAUGCAGGAUUUAGCUAUUUAUUACCCACAGCCUUUCAGUCUUCUGAAGGCAAUAUUGUUUUACCUGUAACCAGUACCAAACAUCGCCCUUUGGGUGAACUACGGGUUGAUUAUCUAGUGAUUGGAUCAAUGCCCAACUUUAAAUGUGAUAUGGAAGUUUCCUAUGCCAGAUACUGGAAGAAAAAUAGGUCAGGCUUAGAUGUGGGGCACAGAGGUUCGGGUUCUAGUUUUAAGACCAAAGUACAAAAUUGUGCAGAAGUGCGUGAGAAUACCAUUGCUUCUUUGAAAAAUGCAAUUGACCACGGAGCAGAUUUUGUUGAAUUUGAUGUGCAAUUGAGUAAAGAUUUAGUGCCUAUAAUUUAUCAUGAUUUCCACGUUUGUAUUUCAAUGAAAAAGAAAAAGGAUUUAACUGAACAGGAUAUGCUGGAGCUACCAUUAAAAGAGUUGACUUUAGAACAACUUAAAUUGUUGAAAAUUUAUCAUGUAACUGAAGGGAAAUCAAAGAAUCCAAGAUUUUUCGAUGAGGAUUUGGAAGAACAUCAACCCUUUCCAACACUCCAUCAGGUUUUAGAAACAUUAAAUCCACACGUUGGUUUUAAUAUUGAAAUUAAAUGGACAAUGAAGUUGUUUGAUGGGUCUUAUGAGCUAUAUCAUCCCACUGAUUUGAAUCUGUAUUUGGAUACAAUUUUGGAAGUAGUGUUAAAAUAUGGGGCGGACCGUCGUAUCAUAUUUUCCUGCUUCAAUCCAGACAUCUGUCAAGUGAUCAGAUUGAAGCAAAACAAGUAUCCUGUGAUGUUUUUAACCCAAGGCGAGAGCCAGCUUUAUCCAAAGUAUAGCGAUCCGAGAUGUUGGUCCAUAAAAGCCGCUGUACAGUAUGCCACGAUGAUAGAAAUAAUUGGGGUUAAUGUCCAUACAGAGGAUUUGCUAAGGGAUCCAUCAUUGAUUCGGCUGUCCAAAGAAGCCAAUCAGAUCAUUUUCUGUUGGGGUGAUGACAAUGCCGAUCCUGCCACCAUUAAAUUCCUGAAAGAAUUGGGAUUGCAUGGAGUAAUUUACGAUAAAAUUCACGAGUACGGGAAUAAGGAAGUGAAAGAGAGUAUUUUCUUACUGGAAGCUCGGGAGAGUCAGAAGGAAAUAAUACAGCUUGCAGCUGCCCAGGCAGAGGCGACCCCACCUGUGAUUGUAGCUCCAACUCCGGUUCCAGGAAUAGGAAAUGUGGACAAAGCCAGGACUACUAUUCCUGACCAACUAUCCACAGCGACAUCUCUGGAGAGUUUGGAAAGUAACGUGUCCGAUUAUGUCAAAAAAGUCUAAAAUAAAAAAAGUAUUAUUAUCUGCUACAAUAGCUUGGCUACAAUUUAAAAAGGAAUACAUUUUAUUUUAACAUCUUUAAUAAUAUGGUUAGCGCUUUUUCUAUUUUUUAAUUUUAUCUAAUAUAUUGUGUAUUAAAAAGAAAAUAUAGUAAUAUAUAAAAAAAAUGAAUUUAGAUGGGUAUUCAGAGUAUUUUGAUACAGUUGUUAGAAAUAAUGAGACAUAGUUUACGGAAAGUUUAGUGUUCUUUUGACAUUGUCUUUCAAAUGUGGGUAAUAUCUUUGUAAAUGUUAUUAUUGUAUCAAUAUUUGUUUAAAAGAUAUUCUGUACGUUUUAUUUGCUCAAAGGAUUAUUUAUGUUAAGGAAAAUAAAUUUAUAAUUUAUACAAUUUUAUUUUUAUCUAUGAUAAGGUAUAGGGAUGGAAAUUUAGUCCGUAAUUCUCGAUAAGGGUAUUAUCGUUAUCGACAAAGAUGAAGCUUUAUGAUAAUAAUUAUUAAUUCUUUACAAUGCUAUGAGCAUUAUAAACUUUUUUGUUGCAUAAUAUUUACACCAUAGAUACAAAAACUAUUAAACUAUUCUCUUGCACAUUAUGGUUGUACUAUUUGGCAUAAAUAAGUAGUUGUGUAAAUUUUGUAUAUGUCGGCAUCAAACAGAUAAAUUCGUCAUUUCCUAAAAUGCCUAGGCAUUUUAGGCAAUUCAUGUAUUUCGGGCUCAUAGCCUAACUCUUCCAUUGGUACAUUGUUUGACUGUGCAUCUCAGUCGUUUCCUGUAAUGACGGAAUAUUUCAGUGAAACGUAGUAUUUAACUAAAUUAUUUUAAGUUACCCUGUUUGUCCAUUUUAGGCUAUCGUCAAAAGUAAGAUAUUUUCUGUAAUCACAAUAUUUAAGAUAAAAUGCGUAGAGGGUAAUAAUUACUGCGUUUCACUGAAAUAAUUGCGUCAUUACAGGGAAUGCCUAUUCUGAACCACAGUCAAACAAUGUACCCAUUGAAGUGUUAAGCUACCAUACGUGAAAUCACUAGGCAUUUCAGGGAACGACGGAUAUGAUUAAUGACGCCAACAUACACAUUAUAUUUUUUUAAUAAUCUUUUGUUAAAUACCGUUAUACUUUGUUUAUUCUGUUCCUAUAUACAUAGUAAUAUUUUCUAUAAGACCAGAAUACAUAAUAAUAUAAAUAGUCAAAUUAUAAAAAUCUGUAAAAUCUUUCCCUACUUAUUUCAAAUAAAUUUAGAUUAGUGAUGUGUUAGAUUAUUGAAUUGAAAUUAUUCGCGGAAUGUCAAUAAAAAUAUUAAUGUGAUUCAAAGAGAUUCACUGAUAUUUUAGCAAUUUUAUGUCUAUGUAAUAUACUGUGAUAAAUGCUCAUAAAUUUUAUGAACUUGUGGUAAAUUUUUUAUUGGCAUUCUAAAAUAAUAAUUUAGUUGGAAUUUAACUACGUACUUUGAUUUUAGAUAAGUUGUUUUUGUUUUGCGACAGUUUUAGCAAUAUCUAUAUUUUGUUUUACAAUCAGUAAUUAUUUUAUUAUAGCUUUUUAGAAAUUAGAAAAAAAUAAUAGGAAGGCAGAAUUGUUCUGAUGCUUAGUUCAAACAUUUUUAAACCAAAGUUUGUUAUAAUUAUGAUAGAAUAAAGCAUAGCUGCUUUGAUUUCGUUUUA